CAUUGGGCAAGCCCGAUCACGGUGUGUGUGCAUUCUCUGAUGUUAUUUGAUGAGCAAAGAUUCGUGAGUCUUUUGAAAGUUUUUCUUUUCACCCCAGUUUUCCGAACUAACCAGUGACCAUGGGUCGAAGAUCGAUCAACACCACGAAAAGUGGGAAAUACAUGAACCCCACAGAUCAAGCAAGUACGUGUGUUUUCGCCCUUGCCACUUCCAACCGACUCUUGCGCAACAAGAAACAAAGGCAGAUGGUCAGAGCCGCGGUCCUGAAAGGAAAAGACCCACAGCAACUCGUUUUGGACCUCCAGAGGAUCGACGAGAUGGAAUACAACGUGCAGAACCCACCCUCCCCUGAGUGAGAAGGUGCUGAGAGGACAAGCGGAAAAAACUGAGGGGAGACAUGGGAUCGCGUUCUGCGCCUCUACCAAAAAGAAGAUCCAGAGCAUUUCUCGGAGCUCAAGAAAAUGGAACUUGAGUAUGAGGACAAGCGUAACACACUCAUCAAGUACUAUGAGUCGGUGAAGUUUGCGCAGAGCGUGGAGAUUGACCAAAUCCCUCUUCCGAGCGCACCGAGUGCUCCUCAUGUUGCUCCCUCGCUAAUACCGCUCCCAAUGGACAUUCCGGCGUCGAUUUUGAAAAAGCCAGUCAUGGACCCAACGAUGAAGGCACCUGGAGUCCCACCCGGUCCUCCCCCCGAACUGUCAGACGAUGAAGAGAUGGAAGAGAAUGAGCCACCGUCCAACAAGGUGGAGAAACCGGCCGAAGACAAAGCCGAAAAGACGGGAGCGUCCAAGCCUCGGAAGAUCCGCUUUGCGGACGAGGGACCGGACCGACCUCCCGGUGUCGACGACGAUGCAGACGUCACCGAGUUCCUCAAAGAGGUGGAGAAGAGCCACCGGGAGGCGGUGCCUCCUCCGAUGCCCAUGGUGUUCCGCCACCCGCCCCCCAACAUGCCGCCGCCCCCCAGCAUGCCCCCUCCCUCCCUGCCCCCCAUGGCCCCGCCAUCCCUGCGCAUCGCCCUGCCCCCCGGCCCUCCCCCCGGCCUGCCACCCCGCCCACCCAGCAGGCCCCUCCCCCCGAGGCCCCAGGCCCCACCCGUCCUGUCGGCCCCGCCCAGCCUCAUCCCGAGGCCCGCCCCGGGGGAGGAGCCCCAGCAGCGGGCCACCACCAUCGAGGCCAAGCCGCAGCUGCGGAACCUGAGCGCGGACGUGACCCGCUUCACGCCCACCUCGCUCAGGGUCAAGCGCGACCUGGCAAGGAAGGCUCCCAGAGACGUGCCGAUGAUGCCAGCUGUCCAGGUGGUGCCUGCGCCCACGAAAGACGACGCCUACGAGCUGUUCAUGAAGGAAAUGGAGAACCUUCUCUGAGCUCUUCUUUUACUCAUUUCGUGCUUUGUAAAUAAAUGCCACGUGCUCACUGUC